UUGACUGCAGCUUGUUAGCUCCUCCCAGAGGACUGGUUCUGUAUCAGGUCCAUGAAGGUGUUGAGGUUCCAGAGUCUCAGGAUGAACAGUUUUCAGGACGAGUCCAGAGUGACAAAGACGUCCUCAGAGAAGGACGAAUCAGACUCCAUGUGUCCAGACUGAGGACUGAAGACUCUGGUCUGUAUCUGUGUGACGUGAAAAAUGAUGAAGGUUCUGGUUCUGGAAGAUGUCGACUCAACGUUUCUGCAGCUGCUGAUGUCUCCCAACCUCAGAGACCGACUGUGGAUCCAGAACCAGGAGGUCCAGGAAGAAUCGGUCUCUAUGUUUCACUGGGACUGACAGCAGCAGCAGCAGCAGCAGUUCUGAUGCGAUGGACUGACAACCUGUCCAGGGUGAACCCGCCUCCCGCCCAUAGACUGCUGGAGAUCGACCCACUAUGGAUGAAGCUGUAUAGAAGGGAGAAGAUGAUCUGCAGGAUCCUGCUGCUCAUCAUCCUCAACUCAUGUCUCUGUGCAACAUUUGUAGUGAAUGUGACACAGAGCUGCUAUCAGGCAGAGGAGAACCACAACAUCACUCUGGAGUGGACCUUCACCACCAGACCUCAUGGAUCCUGGAGACAACUGUUUAUCCUCUGUGAACUUAUAGCUCCUCUCAGAGGACUGGUUCUGUAUCAGGUCCAUGAUGGUGUUGAGGUUCCAGAGUCUCAGGAUGAACAGUUUUCAGGACGAGUCCAGAGUGACAAAGACGUCCUCAGAGAAGGACGAAUCAGACUCCAUGUGUCCAGACUGAGGACUGAAGACUCUGGUCUGUAUCUGUGUGACGUGAAAACUGAUGAAGGUUUCAACUCUGGAAGAUCUCGACUCAACGUUUCUGCAGCUGCUGAUGUCUCCCAACCUCAGAGACCGACUGUGGAUCCAGAACCAGGAGGUCCAGGAAGAAUCGGUCUCUAUGUUUCACUGGGACUGACAGCAGCAGCAGCAGCAGCAGUUCUGAUGGUCAAACUUCUCUUCAGUUACUGUUUUAGAAAACAUCAGAAUGUGUUAAACUGCUUCUUAUUGGACUCUAGAACAUCUUGGUGUCCAGAGGAGGUUUUGGCCAACUCAGUGCCUGUAAGGUGUCCAGGUCCUGUGCUGCAGAACAAGCCCAGAUCAUUGGUCCUCCACUACCGUGCUUGACAGUUGCUUUGGUGUUUCAGACUAGAAGUCUGGAGCUUCAUUCAGAUGCAGCUGUUAGAACCUAAGUUCUGCUGCCAGAACUUUCUAGAGAGAAGAGUCUUUCUCCUGGUGACUCUUCCAGCAAUCCAAACUUGUUCAGCCUUUUCCUCAUUGUUCUGUCAUGAACUUUAACCUGUGACCUGCUGACUGAGGCAUGUAGAGGAUCUGAUGGAGCUCUGGGUCAGAGGUCAUUUCUCUCAACGUUCAGAGAAGCUUAAGUGUUUUUAAAAGCUGAUUUUGUAUUACUAAUAAUGUUUUAAUUAAAUGAAGAACAUGUUAAAUGUAAGAAGUGUUUUAUUUACCUGAAGUUGGAACCAGAUUAUUUCUAUAAAUCAUAUUUUAUUCUUGAAGGUAGAACCUUUAAACUGAAGGAGGUUCUUACUUUUCUCCAUGAUUGUAUCUGAAGAGGAUCUUGUUUCCUUCUCUCUGUUGUUUCCUGCUGAUGUUUUAAAUCAGUUCUAAAGUUUUCUGGACUCAAUCAGACACAUUGAUCUGUUCUGUUAUUUUGUCUUAAAGCUGGAUGAACUGAUGCACUUUGUUACUGAGCAUAAAGCACUUUAUCUGCUUCAUUUAGUCUGUUUCUAAUGUUCACGUGUCAUUAAUAAAUCCAUAUUUAUUCAGA